AUGAGAGCGAACGCAGCCAAACAGCAAGUGAAAGCCAGAGUGAAGAAGCAGAUCGAAGAGUGGGAGGCUUCGGUUGCUCAGAGCCUCCGACGGAACGAAGUGGAGCUGAUGAGGACUUGGAACUCAGCAGAAAGAACUCAGCUCAAGCUACAAAUUGAGACCCAGAGCCGCAUCCUGGAUUUCCUCCACGGAAGGAAAACAAACGUGAAGGACGGCUCCAGGGAUCAGAGGGAUGAGGUGAUCUCUCUGAGGAUGGAGCUCACAGCGUCCCAGAACGAACUGAAGGAGGCUAACGACCAUCUCAAAGUUGAGCAGAAAAUACAUCGAGACCUGAAGCUCCAACUGGACGAAUACCGGACCAAGCUGCCGGUGGAACGAGAUGAAAAUCGGAAGCUGACAGCUCAACUGCAGGAGGCACAAGACAAGAAUCAGAAGCUGACAGCUCAACUGCAGGAAGAACAAGACAAAAACCAGGAGCUGACGGCUAAACUGCAGGAGCAACAAAACAAAAACCAGGAGCUGACAGCCAAACUGCAGGAGCAACAAGACAAAAACCAGGAGCUGAUGGCUAAACUGCAGGAGCAACAAAACAAAAACCAGGAGCUGACGGCUAAACUGCAGGAGGCCCAGAAACAGCUGCAGGAGGCUUCCAGGAAGGCUUCUCUGGAUGAACUCAGCGAAAAGCUGCUGGAGGCACAGGAUCAACAAGUGGAGACAGAAAACAGAAGCUGUGAGAUCCUGAAUGCAGCUGAAGAACCUACAGAAAGUCUGCAGAGUCUCGAACUCCAAGCAGCUGCUACAGAACGUCCAGAAGGUCCUGAAGGUCCAGAUAUUGUGGAGUCUUCAGAUGAAGCUGAUGAUUCUGAAGAAGAGUUAGAGGAGAAUAAAGUGGACGUCUCCCAGACCGGCCAGAUAUUUUCAAGUUUCGCCUCAGCCAACAUGAGGGCUAGUGAGCAAGCUAACAAGGUUAACAGCGCCGACAUGCCGCUAGCUAGCAACAAAGCACCUGCUGGUACCGACAGCGAGGUGGCAAGGGAGCUCUCCAGGCUAGCAAAACUUAUUAAAGACACGUCUGAGACCCAAGAUAAGAAGCUAGAUGAUACAAAGCGAUCAGCACUGGCCACAGAAACAAAGCUGCCCGAAAUUUUUGAGCGUCUGAACCACGUUGAGAGUCGUCUAGCAUUUUUGGAGGAGGCUAAUCAGGAGUUCCGGGAGAGGCCCCCCGCCACCAGAGAGGAGAUGGAACGGCUUGGACGGAAACCUGACGACAUUGAAAACCGAGAAAGGAGGAAUAACUUACGCUGGCCAAGCCUCCGACGGAACGAAGUGGAGCUGAUGAGGACUUGGAACUCAGCAGAAAGAACUCAGCUCAAGCUACAAAUUGAGACCCAGAGCCGCAUCCUGGAUUUCCUCCACGGAAGGAAAACAAACGUGAAGGACGGCUCCAGGGAUCAGAGGGAUGAGGUGAUCUCUCUGAGGAUGGAGCUCACAGCGUCCCAGAACGAACUGAAGGAGGCUAACGACCAUCUCAAAGUUGAGCAGAAAAUACAUCGAGACCUGAAGCUCCAACUGGACGAAUACCGGACCAAGCUGCCGGUGGAACGAGAUGAAAAUCGGAAGCUGACAGCUCAACUGCAGGAGGCACAAGACAAGAAUCAGAAGCUGACAGCUCAACUGCAGGAAGAACAAGACAAAAACCAGGAGCUGACGGCUAAACUGCAGGAGCAACAAAACAAAAACCAGGAGCUGACAGCCAAACUGCAGGAGCAACAAGACAAAAACCAGGAGCUGAUGGCUAAACUGCAGGAGCAACAAACAAAAACCAGGAGCUGA